UUCACGGGAAAGAAAGAAUGGAGUGAACGUUUUGGGUAUCGCGUCUUUGUUGUGGUUAGCUUAAUCGCCCGAGAUAGAACCUGUCGCGAACAAACGGGUUUCAUUUGUUUUGGUUGACUGGUUGUUCGCGAAAAGUUUUAUCAUUUUUUUAUUUAAAUUUUUGUGUUAAGUUACCGUUUGGAUGCUGAGAAAAAUUAGUAGGAGAUGGAAAAGGCAGCGAAAAUUUUAGUGCAAGUUUGUUAUUGUCUUCCUUGCUGAUUUGUUAUCUAUUUGUUUCGCCAGGAAAGUUAGCAGGUGAAGGUUUACGGAAAUGGAAUUUGAGCUGAGAAAGCAGAGUUCAUGUUCUAUGGUACUCACCAACAAAACAGAUAAAUAUGUGGCUUUUAAGGUUAAAACAACUAACCCCAAAAAGUACUGGGUCCGUCCAAACUCUGGUAUUGUGUUACCGGGAUCGUCAAGCAAUGUUACAGUCACCAUGCUAGCCCAAAAGGAGGCACCCCCUGAUAUGCAAUGCAAGGACAAAUUCCUCCUUCAGAGUGUUGUUACACAAGAUGGGGUCACCACAAAAGACAUUACACCAGAAAUGUUUAACAAGGAAGAAGGUAAGGUAGUGGAGGAGAUCAGAUUGCGGGUUGUUUACAUUCCUGCUAAUCCACCCUCGCCUGUCCCUGAAGAAUCUGAGGAAGGUUCCUCUCCUAGGGCUUCUGUAUAUGAGAAUGGGAAUGAGGAUGCCUCAUUGCUCAGUGCUGUAUCAAGAUCCUUAGAGGAGCCUAAGGAGAAAUCUUCAGAGGCGUGGACUGUCAUCUCCAAGUUAACUGAGGAGAAAACUUCUGCUUUGCAACAAAAUCAAAAGCUACACCAGGAAUUGGAGCUGAUGAGGAAAGAAAUUAGCGAAAAUCGUGUCAAUGGCUUCUCCUUACUGUUUGUUGUACUGGUUGGUGUGUUGGGUGCCGUGGUUGGCUAUUUCCUCAAGAGAACAUAGAAGCUACUAUCCAAGCAGUCUAUCAUUUGUUUGUCUGAAAUGCUGGCAUCAAUUUGCUGUGAACCCAUAUUUUCUCAUAAAUUUUUAGGACCAACUCACCUUUUAGUGUGCAAUACUUACGUGAUUGAUAAUUAUGUCUUGUUUGAACAAUACCUCUGGUUUGUUUUUUGGUCAGAUAGAGUUUUGUGGAUGUAAACCUAGGAGUUGUGAACUAUUAUGAUUGUCCUUCAUGUUGUGAAUAUGAUUGUCCUUUAUUACAAAGCCUGUUGAGAUUCUUGCCUGCAAACCCAGAUAUGUUGUGUAUUGAUUACCUGACA